AUGACAAGCAAUUACAUAUUUCCUACACUAAAACCUCCUGAAAUCCUUCAGUGCAUGACAGAACUGGGAAUCCCAUUUUCUGAAGAAGACCUGAGCAAACCGAAUACACAAAGAAUGAAACUUGUUUAUGAAGCCUUUUCUGACAUAUUAAUGGGUAUUACCUGGGAAAACUAUGAUAAUGCUGUUCGUGCAUGUCAUGAUGAGUUAGAACAUUCUGAAAUAUACAUGGAUUCUUUGAGUCUUAUUAUAUUUUACCAAAAACUAGUAAGACUGAUGACAGAAGUUGGUAUUGAUGACUUUUCAAUCCGUGAUCUAGUGAAGCCAGAAUCAGCACGUGUUAAAAAGAUACUUUCUGCAGUGAUUAAUUUUGCCAAAUUUAGAGAAGAACGUAUGCCUGUUUUUGAAACACAUGCACAGAAAGCGGAUUCUUAUAUCUCUAGACACCAAGAUCUUGUUUUUCAGAACCAAGAUUUGUCAGAACAACUUAAAAAAUUAAAAAUAAAACAAGAAGACGAAGUAUCACUAAUUAAAAAGUCGAAAGAAAUCAAUGUUGCACUUACAAAUGAUCUCCGAGAAUUAAAAAAAAUACAGACUAGCCUUACAAAUGAAAUUGAUGUUUUAAAAAGAGAAAAGGCAGAAAUUGCUGAACGUUUGACAAACAAUCAGUUUAUCACAGUUAACACUAAGCAAGAGUGUAUGAAGCUUCGAUCUAGAAUUGUGCAUUCUCCAGAAAAAUUAAAACAGCUUAUUUCAGAUAUGGGAACAUCAUUAGCUUCAGAAAAAAACUCUAUAGCAUCAUUAGAAAGAAAGUCAAGAGAACUUCAAAAUAAAAUAGAUGCAAUUGGAAUUGUUGAACAGGAUAUACUAAAUUGUAUAAAAUUAAUGGAAGAAUGUGAAGUUGAAAUUGCUCGGGUAGAAGAAGCAUCUCGUAAAGUUGCUAAACACCAGGAAAUGGUAGAUCAAAAAGAGUUGGAAGUACAUGAAGUAGAGAUUAAAGAUCAGCAAUUAAAUCGGCAAUUAGCAAAUGCUGAAGAUAAGCUUGCUAGAAUUCAACGGUCUGCAGAAGCCAAGCGUGAAGCCGCUCAAAAAAAGAUGGAAGAAAUACGAAAAGAGUACAACAUUAUAACAGUCGAAAGAGCAGAAAGAGCCCAUGAAAUGGACAGAAAAAGAGCAAUGAUUGAAUCAACAGAAAAAAAGAUAUCUGAAUUACGUUCUCAUAUUGAAUCGGAGGUAAACGCUGUUCAAAGAGAAUAUUCAAAACUUAAAAGUCAUAUCGAAUUAUAUAUGGAUGAAAUGAGUCGGUGUAUGGAAAUAGCUGCCACUUCAUAA